AAGCAUCUCGACUAAUUCUGCAGGAUCAGUUCCCACUAGCAUACACAAUGGCUGAAACAAUUCUAUACAAGCUCGCUGCUGAAAUCUUGAAAAGUUUGAGUUCUCUUGCUGCUCAACAAGUAGGAUCCAUUUACGGAGUAGCCGAUGAGCUUCACAAGCUAUCUACUACAGUUUCUUCUAUACAAGUCGUACUUACUGAUGCAGAGAAGCAGCAGGGGAGUAGCCAUCAGGACUGGAUAAUGAGGCUUAAAAAAGUGUUCUUUGAGGCUGAUGAUCUCUUGGAUGACUUUGCCACUGAAGUUACACAUCGAAAAUUGGUGAAUAAGGUAGGCAUCUUCUUCUCAAAAUCGAACCCUGUGCUUUAUAAUCUCAAGAUAAGUCAUCGACUCAAGGCCAUUCGACAAAACCUAGAUCUAAUUGCAAAAGAUAAGGCCUCCUUAGAUCUAGUUGAAAGGAGGCAACCUUUGCUUCUGGAGCCUAAUUCAGUCCAAUUGAAUUUGGAUAGAGAGACUUAUUCGUUUGUGCCUGAUGGAGAAGUGAUUGGAAGGAAUGCUGAUAAAAAGGAAAUUGUGGAUUUUCUUUUGGAUUCUGAGAUUGAAGAGCAUGUUGUGGUUAUAUCAAUUGUUGGUCUUGGGGGACAAGGAAAGACCACUCUGGCACAAUGGGUGUAUAAUGAUGAAAUGGUUAAGGCGAAUUUCGAUAAAAGAUUGUGGGUUUGUGUUUCGGAUGUUUUUGAAGUGAAAAUGAUUGCAGAAAAAAUCGUCGAAUCUGCAGGAGGGGAGAAGGCUAAUUACCUUCAACUAAAUACAGUGCAAAAUGAGCUUACGAAAAUGCUUGAUGGGAAGAAGUAUUUGCUAGUGCUCGAUGAUGUGUGGAACGAAAAUACCUUGAAAUGGUCGAAACUGAAGAAUAUGUUGAUUGGUGGAGCCAAGGGAAGUAAGAUUUUAAUGACUACUCGUUCAGAUGUGGUGGCGGAAGCUUCAGGAAGUGUUCACCAACAUAAAUUAGGGGACCUUUCAGAGGAAGAGGCAUGGACAUUGUUUGAGAAAAUGGCAUUUGAAUGUAACAAAGAGAGUGAAAAUUCAAAUUUGGUGGAAAUAGGAAAGGAAAUUGUGAGAAAGUGUGGAGGAGUUCCUCUUGCAAUAAAAUCAGUAGGAAGCCUACUUCGCCUCAAAAGAACGGAGAAUGAGUGGAUAUAUUUCAAGAAUCAAGAUUUGUCAAGUAUCACACGAGGAGGCAACGAUGUAAUGGCCAUUUUGAGAUUGAGCUAUAAUCACCUUCCUCAGCAUUUAAAGAUAUGCUUCGCAUAUUGUUCCCUCUUUCCAAAGGAUUUUGAAAUUCAGAGAUUUGAUUUGAUUGAUAUGUGGAUUGCUCAAGGCUUUAUUCAAUCAACUAUUAGCAACAGAGAUAAUGUGGAGGAUGUUGCAAAUUCAUAUUUCAUGGAUUUGUUAAGAAGGUCAUUCUUUCAAGAGACUGAAGAACAUGAAUUGUUUCCGCUCUUUCAAGGAAUUGAAAAACAUGAAUCCCUACCUUUUUAUAAAAUGCACGAUCUUAUUCAUGAUCUCGCGAAAGAAGUUGCAGAUAGGGAAUUCUUCAGUAUCACUAAAACUGAAGAUACAGAAGUUGUACCAGAACAAACUCUCCAUGCGUCUUGUUUAUUCCAGAUCGAUGGUUCAUUGGUAUUUCCCAGUGACUUCUAUAGGAAGCAUAUCAAGUUGCGGACAUUUAUUUACUUAAAUGGUUCCCCAUACAGUGUCAUGAGCAAUUCAAAAGUGAAGAGAACGAUUAACUUAAAUGGUUACCCAUACAAUGUCAUGAGCAAUUCAACCUUGGAGAGAAUGAUUUCAAGUUUUGAACGUUUGCGCAUUCUACAUUUAUGUCAGCUGCAGAUAGAACUUUUACCUCAAUCUUUAGGUGGACUGAAGCAUCUAAGAUACCUUACUAUUUCUUCUAAGAGCAUUGUUACUUUACCAAAUUCCAUCACAAAAUUGCAUAAUUUACAAAUUUUAAAGUUGGUCCGUUGCUAUAAACUCAAAAAGUUGCCAAGAGAUAUUUGGAGAUUGGUGAGCCUUCGACGUUUGGUAUGUAGAUUCUGCCGCUCAUUAACCCAUAUUCCACCAGGACUUUGGCAGUUGGCAAGUCUCAUGCAUUUGGAUUUUACUUGUUCCCUGGAAGAUAUGCCUGGAAUUGGCCAAUUGACGUCUCUACGGACAUUGACAGAUUUUAUCAUAAGCAAAGAAAGUUGCAUAUCUGGUCUGGCAAGUGACAGGUUGAAUGACCUAAAAGGCCUCGUUGAUCUCAGAAAUAGAUUAACCAUUAAGUUCAUGGGACGAGUCCGUGCAAUUGGAGAAAUAACACUGACAGAUGUAGUGAAAAAUAUGAAACAUCUUCGACAGCUGAGUGUAAAGUUCAAAUAUGGGAACCAUGAGGAUGAUGAUACUGGAGAUGAUCUGAUAAUGUUGGAGGCCCUGCAGCCGCACCAAAACAUUGAAAGCUUGGGAAUAGUAAAUUAUAGCAGGUCAAGGUUUCCAAGUUGGUUGAUGGUUGAGAAUCUUGGAUUUUUGCUACCCAAGCUUGUUUAUCUAGAUAUAAGAUAUUGCCUUAAAUGCCAAAAGCUUCCACCGCUAUGGAAAUUGCCAUCUCUCCAAAGUCUUGUACUACGGAAUCUCAACUUUGUAGAGAACAUCGAUGGACUUGAAGGUGAUGAUAAAUUCAUGCUACCAUCAGAUGAAUGCUACUUCUCUUCCCUAAAACGACUUGAAUUGCAGGCAAUAAAUGAGAAGAUAAUGAAGCAAAUUCUUUGCCCACCGCAUCAUCCUUCUCCUCUUCGUGAUUUGAAUAAUUUGACUCUAGGUUCUGUUGAUGGCCUUACAACUGUGCCAGAGGAUGUGUUCAAGAGUCUGGUGUCGCUCCAAUCCUUGUCCAUUCAAGAAUGCGGAAACCUGGUCUCUGUAUCCACAUGUCUAACUCAUCUCAGUUCCCUUGAGCAUUUGUGUAUAGAAAAUUGCCCUCAGCUCGACUUGUCCAGCGAUGAGGCAAUGCAAUUUCAAGCCCCGGGGAACUUGUCAACUUUCAGUGUUGUCAGGCUUGACAAGCUAACGACACUUCCAGUUUGGCUCCAACAUUUCUCAGGUACUUUGAAAUCAAUAGACAUUUGGAGAUGUCCUAACUUUGCAACAAUUCCAGAAUGGAUAGGCGACCUCAUUUCCCUUAAUCGGUUGGAGAUUCAUGGUUCCCCAAUGUUGACAUCCUUGCCAGAAGGCAUGCGAUCUCUCGCAGCAUUGCAACUGCUAUUUGUUAUAAGAGGUUCAUCAAUCCUGAAGCAAAGGUGCCAGGAGGAAGCAGGAGAGGACUGGCCUAAAAUUGCUCACAUCCCAAGAGUUUACAUACAAGAAUGACAACCUGGUGCAAGUUGAGAUAGAUGAGUUGGGUUGCUGAACCGAUUUUCUGGAGAGUUUAAACGAAAGAAGUUGUCAUUUCAACUAUGUUCUUGGGAGAUUCGGGUCAAUUAAAAAGUUGAUAAUUCAGAAGAACUUCUCUGAGGCUUCCAUUUCCAUGGUUAAUGGUAUAUCAAAUGGUUUUCUUUAACAUUAUGUUUAAAUAACGGAUUAUAUUUGCAACGACCACUUAAUCUCUAGCAUUAUCACUCCACUCAGACCCGACUCUCUAUCUUCUAACGCGAUGAAUAUGCUGGCAGGCGAUAGCAAGUAAAAUUUUCUGGCUUGUGGCUGAGCACAAGUCUUUUAGUUAAAUUCCCUAGAUCACUAGGAGACUUUCAGAACUAUUGUAUGGUGCUUAACGUGAGUAUUAAUUUAGAAAUAUACAUAGUAGUACUAUUAUUAUAUACACAUAAUGUGAGUGGGAGGUACAUGAAGGAGUCAUAAACAAGAAAAGGAUAGCUCAGUUUUGGGAAAAAGAAGAUUCUUUUAUUGAAAAGGAGUGACAUCAAGGGUGUGUUCGAUACGGAGGAAAAUAUUUUCCAGAAUAUGCUUUGAUUGAUCAAAAAUUUGGAAAAUAAGUUCCUUAAAAAUGAAGAAAAUGACUUUCCUAGUAGAAAUAGGAAAAUAUAAGUUACACGAGUGGCAUUCCACAUUGAUUUUCUUCUUACUCAAGGCUCGAACUCGAGAUAUUUGAUUAAGGGUGAAGCAGUUCCACCAUUACACCGCGCACGACUCAUGUUGGUAUCAUAAUCAAAAUGUAUAUGCAUGACAUAUUUUUUUUUUUGAUAACCGAGAAAUCCGUCAAUGACCUUCCCUUUGGACCAAUCACAACCUUCUAAACUCGGUGGAUAAUGGGUUCACCCCUCUACCCUUCUCCACUUAAAUACCGGGCUUCGUUUUGCAUGGUGAGGACUUGAACCUGCGACCUAAGCCACAAAUCCUCCACCUUUUGUCACUUGAGCUAGGCCUCGGAAGCGAUGGCAUAUUGUAUAUACAUUCAUAAACUUGUAGGGAAGCCCACCAAAUGGCAAUGUUGUUCUUGGAUAUUGAACUAAGUAACAUAAAUUAUUUUUCAAUUCAUAUAUUAUACAAGUGCGAGCAUCUAUCGAGAAUAACCUCUUUAUGAGAUAGGAUAAGGCAUGCAUGCAUCUACCCUACCCGACCUCUUUUAUAAGAUCACACUGAGUAUGUUAUUGUAUAUAUUAUACAAGUGGAAAUGCACUCACUGAGAGAACUUUGUAAAAAGUAAAAAACUUUAGAAGAAGAAAAAAA